AUGUUUCAGUUUUAUUGUCUAAUUACAUAUUUGUUGCUUUAUUCUCAAGACCAGAAUCUUCAAAAAUCAAAUUUCAAAAUGGCACCAAAGUCUAAAGUUAACCCAAUUGGCCAAAUUCUAGAGUUCUUAUUGGAAAGAAAUAGACCAUAUAGUGCAACGAACCUGGUUGAUGAGAUGCAUGGCGAAUUUACUAAAACUGUAAUUCAAAAAGCAUUAGAUCAACUUGUAGAUGAAAACAAAAUUACUUGCAAACUCGCUGGAAAGUCAUCAAAACUCUAUUUUGCUAAGCAGGAAGGCAAACAAGUCGCUUCGAAAGAAGAAUUAGUUGUGAUGGAUCAACAUAAUGAUGAAUUAUCACAUAAACUUCAAGAUUUACAAAAGCUAAGAGAUGAACUUAGAGCUCGCCGCGAUGUUUUAUCUUCAACAAGGAAACUUGAUGAACUUCGUCAAUAUCGAGUUGAAAUUGAACAACAAUGUGGCAAAAAAGCUCAAUACCGUGAUAAACUUAUAGAAUCUGCUCAAGGAAUUAACCCAGAAGAUAUCGCAAAAAUUACCAAAGAUUAUAACACAAGGUGCGAACAAUGGAAGAAGCGCCGUGCUAUGUGUAUGGAUAUUCUUAAUACUAUAUGCGGUCAGGAAGGAAUGGAUAAAAAACCUGCUGAUAUUAUCGAAGAACAAGGCCUUGAGACUGAUGAGCAGUAUCAUGUUAAGUUAGAGUUUAAGGAUAGGAAAUAUACUAUUGUUGAUGUAUAA